GUCUCUUUGCUUCGCGCUGUACGUUACCGGCACUGUGAUAGAGUACUCUUCUCCACUCUCUCGCUGCACAAAUCCCCUGGCCGACUGCGACGCGUUCAUAAUCCCACUCAUGCUUGCUACCGCUCUCUUGCUGGUUUCUACGGUUGCAAUACUGCAUGCGGCGUUCUCUACCUAUGAGCAUCUAUCCCAUUUGAAAGCCAUCGGACGACCGGAAGGCUCGCUACCCUUCGACAUUGUGCUGGAAGCAUUCUUCGCGUUGAUACUGGGCACGGUGGGGGCCUCAUUGAACGCUCCGAAGCUCAAAGAGAUUACAUGGGCAGCAGAGAUGAGGAAUCGGUUCGACGAUCGACGAGAUGUCUUCCAGACUGAGCUUCGCAUCCUACGUCCACCGCGGGAACACGUUAUUUUCUGGUCGUACAUCGCACAAGUAGUCAGGUUGUCAGAAAUUAUCUUCGACUGGUAGCAGGCUCCCAAAGUAAAGUCAUGGUGACGGA